AUGGUCACAGUAAGGCUCCGGCUAGCGAAUGAUAUCUUCUUCGACUGUGUAAAGUGGAAUCACGGUGUUCUUCGUCUCGUGGCUGAGAAGCGUACACCAAACAGGCAUACCGCGGAUGCUAUAGUCUUCAACCUCCGCGAAAUCACGCAGAAAAACCCUAAUGUUGUCACGGAAACUUCUAAUCCGGCUAAUCGGAAACCCUUCUUCUCCGAAUCGCUGCAGAUUGAACAGCUUCGGUUUCCUCUUUCUCUUCCGGCAUGUGUCGAUUAUUGGAACCGGCAUCGUGAGGCUACUCUGUGA